AUGGCUAUCUCUCCCUCCUCGAAAAUCGCCCUAGUUACGGGUGCCAAUCAAGGCAUCGGUUUCGAGAUAGCCAAGUCUCUGUCGUCAAAGUCAGGAUACCAUGUACUUAUGGGGAGCCGUGACCCCCAACGUGGAAUUGAUGCCGCCAAGAAACUCCAAGAGCAGGGCUUGGAUGUCGAGGCCAUUACUAUUGACAUCACCUCUGAGAAGUCCAUUGCCCAAGCUGCCCAACAGGUAACAUCGAAAUUUGGCCGUCUUGACGUCCUGGUCAAUAACGCUGGCGUAUGCCUUCCCGCCGAGAGGACCUCUGCUCCUUCACUUCACAAUUUCCAAGACACGUUUACGGUCAACACCUUUGGCACCACACUCACUACCGAGGCCUUUAUUCCUCUUCUAGAGGCAUCUUCCGCGCCUCGAAUUGUCUUUAUAUCCUCUUCCAUAGGUUCACUCACUCAUCAGUGGGAUCACCCAGUCGGUUUGCCAAUCUAUCGCAGCAGCAAAGCAGCGCUCAAUAUGAUUAUGCUUCAUUAUGCCUUCAAGUAUAAAGACGCCGGAUGGAAGAUUAAUGCAGCCUGUCCUGGCUUUUGUGCUACCAAUUUGAACGGCUAUUCUGGCAUUGAUACUCCGGAAAAUGGAGCUUUGAACGCAGUAAGACUCGCGACCUUGGGAGAUGACGGCGAAACAGGAACAUUUUCGAAUAAGGAAGGGAUUGUGGCUUGGUAG